CAAAUUCUCUGCCCAUUUGACACCAGUUCUGUCAUUGUUCUCACAGGCCUCAAGACUAUCAUCAACGCAUUGUUGCACUCCUUCCGACAACUCGCCGAGGUUAUGACCCUCACCAUCUUCUGCCUGAUGGUGUUCGCCCUGUUCGCCCUGCAGGUGUACAUGGGGGAGCUGCGAAACAAGUGCGUGCGCCGCUGGGACCCCGCGAACAUCUCCGCCAACUGGAGCGACUGGGUGCAAGACGAAAGCAACUGGCUUCGCAACGACCAGAACGAGUCAGUGAUAUGCGGGAACACGACGGGCGCACGACACUGCUCGGCGGAGUACAUGUGCAUCCAGGUUGGCGGCAACCCCAACCACGGGUACACCAACUUUGAUAACUUCCUGUGGUCCAUGCUCACCACGUUCCAGCUCAUCACGCUCGAUUACUGGGAGAACGUGUACAACAUGAUUAUAACCCACUUUUUAUAUUAUCACAUAAAUAUUGAACAAAACUUUCUGAAAAGAAGUGUAUUCUCAAGAGAAUCUCUUAUUUUUACAUAUAACAUGGAAUGUCAAGAAAAAAAAUUACAAUUAAAACAAUAUCUUAAAAAA